AUGCAAUAUUCACUUAUUCUCACGCUUUUGUCUAUCUCAGCUGUUACAGCCAAGGCCAUUGAAGCACGGAACGCAAAUCAUGUUAGCAUGUAUACAACCAAUGCUUGCAACGACCACGACAAAUACUAUAAAUGGAAAGGCACUGAUACUUGCAACUGUAUCCCAGUCGACCAAGACGCACAAAGCAUUUUUACCGAUCAUGAGCCCCUCCAAGAUGUCAUUGCAUUCAGCGAUGGUAAUUGCCAGGACACACUUGGACCAAUCAUCAAACAUAAAUGUGACGAGACUGCCCAAAAUACGACAUUUGCGGAAGGACGUAUACGUAGCGUCAUGUUCUGGUUAGGAGGAGCUUGUGAGCUCAAGCAGGCCCUGAGUAGUAUUAUUCCGGACAUUGAGACUGCUCUUCGUAAUGCUGCUGAGUUUGCUUAA